AUGACGGGCAUGCUGGUCUUCCUCAUCAUCCUCAUCAUCCUCCUAAUCGGCGGCUACGGAGGCUGGGUACUCUGGUCGCGCAUGCAAGCCACCAAGAACGGUCUGCCACCACCCUCGCUCAACCCCUUCGCCCGCAACGCCUCCGCAUCGAACUACCCAGGCCCCGCGCCCGCCGGCAUCCGUGGCUGGAUCGACUCCCAGAUCCGCAAGUUCAAGAACAGAAAUAAUCGCUAUGCGACCGGCGCGUACGAGGAACCGUCGACGUACGCAGGCGGAAGGACCGGUCGCGGCGAGGGAAAUCGACUAGAUCCGGAUGAAGCGUGGGACUCGAGAGUCGGGAACGAAGCUUAUUAUGAAGAGCAGGAGUUGGGACUGCAUGCCCCGCAGCACGGAGGCGGCGCGAGCGCGAACCCGUAUGAGAGCACGUCAUAUGGUGCGCCGACUACGGGAUUCGCGGCUGAGCCUGAGAGGGGACGGAGUAGGACGCGCGAGUACGACGAGCAUAGCGAUGGGCGCAGUGGGCGGGACAAUCCGUUUGGGGACGAAAACGCGGCGAGUUUGAGGGGCGUGAGUCCACGGCCGCUGGAUCAUGGCGUGGACACGAGUUACGGGGGCGCGAGUAAGUCGCAGGGCCACAAGAAGACGGGGAGCGGGGACAACAGCCCGACGGGGAGCCGGAGGAGUAUUUUCCACGAGAAUAUGUGA